CUCGACCCGAAGCUUCGUUCCUCGAUCCGCAAGCCUUAACCUCACUGUCCAUCUAUUUGGGGAGUCUGUGAAUCUGUUGGAUGUCGGAGGACGUGUGGAGGGGCUGGAGCCUCUGCUCGAAAAGUUCUUUGGUCCUGAUGGAGCCAUGCCGGAAGAGAAGGUCGCCGAAGCUCUGCAAGCCUUCAGGUUCAAGAGGGACACAGCCGAUGACAUCUACAAGGCAGCUGACGACGACAGCCCCAAAGGAUCUGCAUUUCUCAGAGUGUUCGGAAACGAAAUCGCCUACGGCCGAUUCGAGGAUAUGGAAGAUCUGAGCAACAAGAUGACCGGACUCAACCCCUUCGGAGUCCUUCACAUGCUGACCAGUGGCCAGGACAUGGACGUGACCAAGCACAUGCGAUUCCUCAACAUCCACCUCACCAUCCCCUUGGGCAAC